AUGGCCAGUCCUAACCUCAAGUACUUAUCCAAGGCGGCUUCGUCAUACAACAAUCAAUCGCUAGCCAAUGAGCCUCCAUUAUCCAACAACGACACAUCAGCCAUAAUCUUACUCGCCAAACAAAUCUCCGAACUAUCUACACGAGUAUCUUCCUGCUUCAACGCAUCUAACUACACGGAGCCCAACUUCAGCGCCUCUUCUGGAGACGUGCCCCAAACACCAGAAUACGAAUCUUUGCGAGCAAGCCUCAACGACACUGCUCUAGACCUGCUCCGUCUCGUAAAUGGCCCGAAGAACACGUUGCGCACUUAUGCUUUCUCCCAUUAUGACCUCGCGGUGUUGCAGGUUGCAGUUGAGCGAGGCUUCUUCAGAGAUAUUCCGCUACAGGGAAGCAUUGAUGCGGCGGUGCUUGCAGACAAAGCAAAAAUGGAUGAGGAUCGAACAACGAGACUGCUGCGCUUUUUAGCUACGCGACGGAUAUUUGAGGAAGUUGGAACUGGGAGCGGUGUGUUUAGGCAUACAGCUAUGUCUGCUGUUAUGGCGAGUGAUAAGGAUUUUCAUGCUAUGGUACACAUGCAGAUGGACGAGAUGUUCAAAGCGGCGUCUGAGCUAUCAACACAAAUCGACCGUUCCUCAUACGUCUCAAACAAUGAGAAUUCUGCGUUCUGUGCUAGGUUCGAGUUACCCGCAUACGCAUAUUAUGAGCAGAAUCCACAAAAGGGAGCCAGAUUCACACAAGCAAUGGUUGCAUGGUCACAGUUGGACGGCCAGGUUACAAGGCUUGUGCACGACAGCUUCCCAUGGGAAUCGUUGAAAGCGGGCAAAGUAGUUGACAUCGGUGGUGGCUCAGGCCACAUAUCCAUCGCCCUCGCUCGAGAAUACCCAUCUCUCCGUUUCAUCGUCCAAGACCUCUCGGAGCAAAUGCUCUCCCAAGCCAGAGAAGAAAGUUUAUCAAGCCUAGGGGGCCGCGUAACCUUCCAGCGUCACAACUUCUUCGAGCCUCAACCUGUUCACGACGCCAGUGCAUUUCUUCUUCGACAAUGUCUACACAAUUACAAUGAUAUUGAUGCAAUCAAGAUCACACGCGCAAUCGUCCCGGCCCUGGAGAAAUGUGCUCCGGGUACUCCGCUUUUGUUGAAUGAGGUCAUUUUGCCGGAAAAUGGCUCGACGGCCCGUCAUAUAGAGCAUCAUCUGCGCCAGGUUGAUAUGACGAUGAUGGUUGUUUUAGGCGCGAAGCAGAGAUCGAGGAGGGAGUUUGAGAGGCUCCUGAAACAGGCGGAUCCACGGUAUGAAGUGGUGAGAGCCUUUGAUAAUCCGACGGGAGUGGGCUUACUAGAGGUUCACCUUAACGCCAGCUAG